AGUCGAAAAGCUUGAUGAAUCCAAUCAAUUUCUCCGCAUUGGCUUCUUGAUUGAAUCCCAUUUCAUCAUUGCUCUGAAUUCCAAUUUUCCGCCAUGGAAGCUUCAGUAAGCAGAUCAUUCAUGAAAUGCACCAAUCGCCACUUCCUCAAUACACUUCUUCUUUCUAAAUGCCAUCCAUCACCAACCCUCUUCUUGCCCAUCUCUCAACACACCCCACUUGCUACCCUCUCCUUCUCAAACCCUAAUUCUCACGUCCCCAAAUCGAACCCCUCGCUCUUCACUACACCCUCCUUCCAAUCCAGUCUUAAUACUCCACUAUCCAGCCAUCGUUUUGCUCGGAUUCUAUCGGGCCACAACGACAAGUCUUUUGAAUGGAAGUUUGCUCUCGAUGGGGUUAACGGCGGAGAAUUAGGGUUUGUUCCCGAGGAUAAGCGGCCGAUUGCGACGGUGGUGUUGUUAGGUUGGCUAGGGUCCAAGCAGAAACACUUGAGGAGGUAUGCAGAGCUCUAUAACCUCUUUGGUAUGGAUGCAGUUACCUUUCCUGCUUCGGUUUUCGAUGUUCUUGGUUUCGAUUUGGGGAGGAAAUUAGAGACAAGGAUUGCAGCAUUGACGGAUGAGCUUGUUUCAUGGCUGGAGGAGAAGGAGAAAGAUGGGAGGAAACGAUUCUUGAUCUUUCAUACAUUCAGUAAUACUGGUUGGCUUGCCUACGGUUCUAUUUUGAACAGAUUGCAGGGUAGACCAGACCUGCUGGAGAAGAUCAAAGGGUGUGUUGUUGAUUCAGGAGGAGACCCGGAGCUUGAUCCUAAGGUAUGGGCAGCUGGAUUUUCCACAGCCAUGCUUAAAAAGCAAAGCUCUGCGGUUAACUCUGAGCCCAGGGAAAUACAAAAUGAAGCAACUAAUGCCAAUGCAUAUGAGAAGGAGCCUAUGUUCAUUGAGGUCUUGCUUCUCACAUUUUUCGAGAAGUUCUUCACUUAUCUGCUUGAAUUCCCGGAUAUAAACAAGAGAUUGACAAAAAUAACAUCCACUCUUGCAAAAAACCAACCUUGUUAUCCGCAACUUUACCUGUACAGUACAGCCGAUAAGGUGAUUCCGUCACAGAAAAUAGAAUCAUUCGCCGACCUCCAAAAGAAACUCGGAAGGGAAGUUACUACAUUCAACUUCAAGUCGACCCCACAUGUAGAUCAUUACCGAACAUUCCCAGAUACGUACAAAUCUCUAAUUCAAGAUUUCUUGAAUCAGUGUUUUGCUGCUGAAGGUAAGCAAUUGUACAACUUAGUGCAUUGAUAUUGAAAAAAAGCUUGUUAGAAUUGCUUCUUGAUUUAUUUCUCAAGGUGUAACAGAAUACAACUAACCAUGCCUAGAUUACAAUGUUAACAGC